AUGGCAGAAAUUGCAUCAGAAUUCCACCGUAGCAGAUCUGCUACACUGGGCUCUAAUGGAUGUCAGAUAAUGGCUCAAAGGCCGAAAAGAGACAAACACAUCCGUGAUUUCGCGGAAUACUUUGAUGGCAAUAGCAGUGAUAUAGAAGAUCUAUCUGACAGUGAUGAUGAUAUGACAAAAGUUCUGGAAAAUGUAACUAGUGAUAGUGAUACUGAUAGUGACAAUGAACCAUUAGUAAACUUGAAACGUAAACGACCAAGCGGCAGUCAGACAGCUAAUUCUGGUGAUGAUAAGGCUAGUUCAGAAGAUGAAGAUGAUGAUAUUCCUUUGGCCCAGUUAGUCGGUAACAUCACUGACACACCUGUUCCUGUUUCUGUGUGGACAUCAUGUGAAUAUCGGGCUCCUAACAGUUCUUUUACUGGUGAUACAGAGGCCAUCCCAGAAAACUUACUCACGCCUUAUGCCUAUCUAAAAAAUUUCAUAACUGAUGAAAUGUUUGAUGCUGUUUCUACUGAAACAAAUAUGUACAGCAUGCAGAAAGAUGGAAUAAGUUUGAAUACCACUGCAAAAGAGAUUCAAAUUUUAAUUGGCGUUUACCUUCGAAUGGGAAUUACCAAGGUACACAAGCUGAGAGCUUAUUGGGAAAGUUCAACUCGUUAUGGCCCUGUUGCCGACGUCAUGUCUCGAAACAGAUUCUUGAAUCUUAUUCGGUUGUUGCAUUUCUCAAACAAUCUUGAUCAUGCUGACACUGGCACUACAGACAAAAUAUGGAAAUUGCGACCAUGGCUAAAUUCACUGCGAGAAAGAUUCCUAAGCAUGACUCCUGAGGAAUGUAAUUCAAUAGAUGAAAUUAUGGUGCCGUUUAAAGGAAAGUCAUCCAUUAAACAAUACAUUAGAGGAAAACCAAACCCUUGGGGCUUUAAAGUGUGGGGUAGAGCUGGAACAUCUGAAGUACUUUAUGAUUUCGAUGUAUACCAAGGGAAAACAGAAGCUAAUGAUAAUGAAAAAUCACUCGGAGUUGGUGGAGAUGUUGUGAUGAAGCUUGUUUCAACUCUGCCAGAAAAGAAAAAAUACAAAAUAUUUACUGAUAAUUACUUUACGUCAGUAUCCCUUGUAAAAGCACUGAAAGAGAAACAGAUUCUGUUUGUAGGAACGAUAAGGCAAAAUAGACUUAAAUGUGAUCUUAAAUCAGAGAAAGAAUUGAAGCAAAAUGGUAGAGGUUCAGUAGAUAGCAAAGUAGAAACAAGCAGUAAUAUUAUUGCUGUUAGGUGGUAUGACAAUAAAUCGGUCAAUCUAGUGUCAUCGUACGUGGGUGUAGAACCGGUUGAAGAAGUGCGUAGGUGGGAUAAAAAACAUAAAACAUAUGUUCAAGUCAAUCGGCCUGCUAUUGUUGUUGUGUAUAACAGAAAUAUGGGUGGUGUAGACUUGUUAGACUCUCUCUGUUCACUGUAUAAACCGCGUGUCAAAUCAAGAAGAUGGUACAUGUACAUUUUCUGGCACACAAUAAUGAUGGCUGUAGUGAAUGCAUGGCUUUGCCAUAAAAAACAUGCAACUUUGCUUGGAACCAACUCUAUGAAGCUUUCUGACUUUAUCAAUCAUGUGGCUGACUCACUUAUCGAGACUACGGGUGAGACACAGAGCAAUUAG